AUGGGACCUGUCAAAUUCUCUCCCGACACUGAUAUUCCCAGCCAGAAUGGUAAAGUCAUCCUCAUCACGGGAGGGAACUCAGGACUGGGUCUUGAGACUGCUCGGCAGCUGUUAAAGCAUGAACCCUCAAGGAUCUUCCUCGCGUGUCGCAGCAAAGCAAAGUUUGACCAAGCCGUCAAUGACCUGCGACAAGGGGGCGCCAACACCGACGCGAUAUCUUUUCUAGCGCUUGAUCUCGCUUCCCUGGCGAGUAUCAAAUCUGCCGCUGCAGAGUUCCAGACAUCUUCCACCCGACUCGAUAUUCUUAUUAACAAUGCUGGCAUCAUGAUGACGCCAGAGGGUCGUACCGAGGAAGGCUACGAGAUCCAGAUUGGCACGAACCAUAUGGGCCAUGCUUUUCUCACUCAUCUCCUUCUGCCGAUUCUUGAGGAGACCACCAAGAUCAAUUCUGACGUGAGGAUCGUAUUCCUUUCUUCGAUGGGAGAGUCCAUGUCGCCAAAGAAUCCAUACCAGUUCGACCAAUUCAACACCACCAUGCCUAGCUACUCUUCAACAUCGCGCUAUGCGAUAUCGAAGCUCGCAAACGUCCACUACACCGCAGCCCUUGCCGAGCGAUAUCCCAAUAUCAAAGUCAUUAGCGUCCACCCAGGAGUCGUACAGACGAACCUCGCAGCACCGCUUAUCAAUCACAGUCUUAUCUUGGGAACACUCACAAGGCUUGCAUUAAGCUUCAUCGCUGUUGACGCUUCCAAGGGUGCAUUGAAUCAGUUAUGGGCGGCGACUGAUCCUAAAGCUGAAAGUGGGGUAUUUUACCAUCCUGUUGGUGUGACGGGUAAGGGGAGCAAACUGAGUCAGGAUAAAGAUGCUCGUGAAAAGCUUUGGGAAUGGACGCAGCAAGAGAUCAAGCAGCACCUCGACUGA